UAUUAGUUAUGUUUGUGGUUAAUCACAAUGUUUUUAUAGUUUUUGUUUGAUAAAUAAAUGUGAAAGUCCUGUUUAAAUUUGCAUUCUAUAUUUGUAUAAUCUCAUCCAUUUUGACACACAUAUUAUUUCAGACAAUUGUAUAAUUUUACACAAAAAAAACAUAGACAAAGAUUUAAAGUAAAAAGUGAAAAAAAAAACAAAACUGAUUUAUCUCUACCAAGAAAAACACACUCAAUGCAUUCCAUUCUUAAGUUAUAAGAUAAAAUAUUCAUCAUGCCGCGUAUCGAAUAUAAUGAAUGUUUACGUGAUUCCCCAACUUUUCGGAAAUAUUUAGAGGACGAAGAAGCAUCUAUCGAACAUUUGGAACAAAAGUUAGACCGAACUUUAAAACUAUGUGCCCUUAUGAUUGAUAGCGGGAAAGACUAUGUCAAGAAUCAAAGUGUAUUUGCGACAUCAUUAUGGGAAUUACAUUCACAUUUUAAGGAAAAUAAAGUCGCACAAAAUGCACUCAAUAAAAUAAUAACGUGUUUCCAGGAAAUGAAUAAAUUCCAAACGAUUUUAUUGGAUCAAGCCAGCUGUAUAAUUCUAAAAAAUUUGACAUCAUUCGUCAAAAGCGACGUUAAAAAUGUAAAAGAGACUCGGGCCCAUUUUUGUAAAGUAUCCGAAACGUAUGACGCGGCAUUAGUUCGAAAUGCACAAGCAAAUAAAAAUCGUUCGAUAGAGGUGUCAGACGCCGUAAAUACCUUGAGUGCUUCUUCGUCAUGCUUUAAGCAUAUAGCGUUAGAUUACGUUUAUUCUCUGACUUCCAUUCAGUCGAAAAAAAUGCAUGAAAUUUUAUCAACGCUGCUAAGCUACUAUCAAGCAUGUAACACAUUCUACCACCAGGGCUACGAUUUAUGUAAGGAUUUUGAAGACUAUUUUAAAGGUUUUAGUAAUGAGAUUUCAACAAUGCAAUUUGAAUCAGGUCAACUGGAAAAAACCAUGCAAAAUCGUCACUUGAGUGUUUCGCAGUUUUCUGAAACUCCAGCUAACACACCAGCUAUUAACAAGUUUGAAGGUUAUCUUUUUAAACGGACUUCGAAAGGAUUCAAAACAUGGAAUCGACGAUGGUUUUAUAUGCGUGACAAUCAACUACUUUAUGUCAAGCGAGACAAAGAGGAAGUGCCAACGGUAAUGGAAGAGGAUCUUCGAUUGUGUACAGUUAGGCCAAUAAAUGACUCUGAUCGACGAUUUUGUUUUGAAGUGAUUUCUCCAAACAAAAGUCACACAUUACAAGCGGACUCAAAUGAAGUAUUAAAUGCUUGGAUAAGUGCGUUACAUAAACGUAUUGAUGCCGCCAUAGCGAAGAAUGAGGAUGGAGAUCCUAGUCUAAAUCCAAUAAAUGCCUCUUUGCCACCACCAGGUGCAAAACGAAUUCAAAAAAUAAAUUGCGAAGAAUUCUAUAAAAUUCCGGGAAACGAAAAUUGUUGUGAUUGUGGUUCCAUCAACCCCCGAUGGGCUUCAAUAAAUCUUGGUAUUACGCUCUGUAUUUUGUGUUCCGGAGUUCAUCGCAGUUUGGGAGUUCAUUACAGUAAAGUACGUUCAUUAACUUUGGACGGUUGGGAGCCGGAAAUUGUUAAAGUUAUGAAGGAACUGGGGAAUGAUGUCAUAAAUGACAUAUAUGAAGCGAAUUAUACGGAACAUCAGGAUGUGUCGGAUAGUGAAUCUCAAACAAUGCAAAUACGACGAGCAACAAGCGAUUGUGAUAAUUCCAAGCGCGAAGCUUGGAUUAAAGCCAAGUAUAUUGACAAAGCAUUCGUGAUAUCAAAUGUGAAUUGUGUUUCGGAUCAAAAAAAAUCAAACGUACUACAGUAUAUUGUGUUCAGAGAUGAUGGAUGGUUUGUACGUCAUAUACGACGUAAACGAAUUAAACUAAGGGUAGAGAAAGCGGAAAAGUACUCAACAACGACGGAUGACACAUCAGGCAGUGAAAUAUCAAUUGAUUCAAAUCGGGCUAUUGACGAAUUUUCAGACGAUAAUUCAUCAGACGAUGAUGAUGAUUGGCUACAUAAACCAAUUGAGGAAACAUUAGAAAACUUUAAUAGCGACACACUGUUAUAUAGAUCGACAAUUGUGCACAAUUUGCCUGUUAUGUGUUAUGCUCUUGCAAGUGGUGCUUCUAAGAGUUGGUCAAAUCUAAACGACUCCAAACGUGCGCCACUUCAUCAAGCCAUUUUAUCGAAUUCAGUCACUGCAUGUGAGUUUCUAAUCUUGAAUGGAUUUGAAAUAAAUGCAGUUGAUGAUCAAGGAUAUACACCACUUCAUUUAGCAACACAAAGAGGAUUCACUGCACAAGCCUAUCUACUUUUAAAACACCAAGCUAAACAUGAUGUGACUUCCAAUGAUGGGAAGAAACCUAUUGACAUUGCUGUUGACAAGGCCAAUGCCGACAUAGUAACAUUGUUGAGACUGACGCGAUUAAAUGAAGAAAUACGAAUGGAGGAACAUGGAAGCGGAGAAGGCGACACAUACAACGAUGUUAUGAAUGACUUUUCUCGAUUUGCUGUUGAUCAACCGCAAAAGUUACAAAGAUCCGAAUAAAGCGAUGGGCAUAUCAAUGAUAAUCUCGAACCAGUGACAAUGUCAAUUUAUACAAUUCCAAUGUUUUUGUUAAAUCAUAUAAAGAUCUAGCUCAGUAUUACUAUAAUCACUUUUUUCAAAAAUUAGUUAUCCAAAAUCAAAUUCAUACAUUUUUACGAAUCAAAUAAACACCAUGAAAUCAUAUA